AUGGCCGAAACCGUCGAGGUUCGCUUCAAGGAUGAUGGCGAGCGCCGGGCCUCGUCCGGUGACACCAGCGGUCGUCCGCCAUCAGCCUCUGCCCCCCGGUAUGCUAUCAGAUCCCCCCCCGUCUCUAACCACCGGCCCGCGACAGUCUCCAGCUCGACGCCCUCGCGCGAGGAGACGCUCGUCGCCGCUGGCAUCGGCCACCGGCCCGACGACCCCGACAUGCCGUGUCUCACCGUGCGCAUGUGGACCAUCGGCAUCGCCUUCUGCCUCAUCGGCAGCGGCGUCAACACGCUCUUCACCUUUCGCUUCCCCGCCGUCACCCUCUCGCAGUCCGCCAUCCAGCUGCUCUCCUACCCCGUCGGGCGCGCCUGGGAGUACGUCGUGCCCGACUGGGGCGUGACCCUCUUCGGAUCCCGGCUCAGCCUGAACCCGGGCCCGUUCAACUACAAGGAGAACAUCCUCAUCUACAUCCUGGCAAACCUGAGCUUCCUGACGCGGCUGAGCGCGGACGUGCUGACGGAGCAGCGCGUCUUCUACGGGCUCAACCUCGGCUGGGGGUUCGAGAUCACGGUGACGCUGGCGACGCUGCUGUUCGGGUUCGCGCUGGCGGGGCUGGCGAGGAGCAUCGUCGUGGAGCCGGCGAGGCUGAUGUGGCCGGGCGUGCUGAGCAACACGGCGCUCAACUCGGCGCUGCAUCCCAUUGAGAAGACGUACAAGGCGGAGAUCACGACUGAAAUCUCCAACAGGGCCAGAUAUAGGUUCUUCCUCAUGGCGUUCGCCGCCUCCUUCAUCUGGUACUGGUUUCCCGACUUCAUCUUCCCCGCGCUCGGCUACUUUACCUGGGUGUGCUGGAUUGCGCCCAAGAAUGCCGUCGUCAACCAAAUCUUUGGCAUGAAGAGCGGCAUCGGUCUGUUGCCGUUCACUUUUGACUGGGCGCAAAUCGCAUACAUCAGCUCGCCGCUCGUCAUCCCCACCUGGGCCAUCCUCAACGUCGGCGCCUCGCUCGUCUUCUGGAUCUACAUCGUCACGCCCGCCAUCUACUACACCAACACCUGGUUCACCGGCUACCUCCCCAUGCAGACCAACUCCAUCUUCGACAACGCCGGCAAGGUCUACAACGUGUCGCGCGUCAUCGACAAGCGCGACGGCUUCGUGCUCGACCUCGCCCGCUAUCAGGCCUACUCACCCAUCUACCUGCCCGUCACCUACGCGCUCAACACGUUUGGUCUGUGCUUCGCGAGCAUCUCGGCGCUGGUGGUGUGGCUGGCGCUGGAGAAGCGCGGCGAGAUCUGGGAGGGGUUUUGCAACUCGUCGCUGGCGGUGCUGCUGGGCGCGGCGCCGCGUACGGAGAGGACGGUGAGGGAGAGGGCGUACGGGACGGUGCCGACGUGGUGGUACCUCCUGGCGACGGCGGUGUCGAUCGGGGUGGGCAUAUUCGCGUGCGAGUACUAUCCAGUACAGCUGCGGUGGUAUGGCGUGCUCUUGGCGAUGCUGGUUUCGGCCUUUUUCUUCAUCCCGCUCGCGUGGCUCUAUGCAACCACAAACAUCAAGAUCCAGAUCGACAUCUUCUGCCGCCUCGUCGCGGGAUACAUCUGGGAGGGCAAGGUGCUCGCCAACAUCUGGUUCUUCAACAUUGGCUACAUCUCCGGCAUCAAGGGCCUCGCCUUUGCGCAGGACCUGAAGCUCGGCAUCUACUGCAACAUCCCCCCUCGCAAGCUCUUCACCGUGCAGGUCGUCGGCAUCAUCAUGGGCACGCUCGGUCAGGUCGCCGUCCUCGAGUGGGCGCUCAACCACAUCCCCAACAUCUGCACCAACAAGGCCGACAACGGCUUCACCUGCCCCUUCUCGCGCACGCACUUCAACACCAGCAUGGUCUGGGGCGCCAUCGGCCCGCGGCGCUUCUUCGCCGCCGGCGCGCUCUACCGCGACCUGCUCUGGUUCUUCCUCCUCGGCGCGCUGCUGCCCCCCGUCGUCUGGGUGCUCAAGCGCAAGGUAUUCCCGCGGUGCAAGUGGCUGCGCCAGGUCCACGUGCCGCUGUUCCUGGGCGGGCUCAACUACAUCCCGCCGGCGUCGGGCACCAACUACGGCAGCUGGGUGCUGGUCGGGCUGCUGUUUGGGUUGGUGAUUAAGCAGCGGAAGAGGCUGUGGUGGAAGAGGUACAAUUUUAUCCUGAGCUCGGCGAUGGACUGCUCGGUGGCCAUCGCGGGCAUCCUGAUCUUCUUCUCCAUCUUUUACACGGGCGCGGCGAGCCACUUCAAGUGGUGGGGGACCGACGUCUACAAGAAUACCUGUGAUUGGAAGGGGUGCACGUACAAAGUGCUGGGUAAAGGAGAGAAGAUUCAUUGA